AUGACGACCGACCUGCAAGUAUACGCGCAUCGUUUAGGCGAUCCCAAACUAGCAAUUAACUUACGGGUGACGAUCGCCAAUGAGCUACGAGAUCAAGUCGAAAUAUUCCAGACGCUCGAGUAUCCACGUUUCCUUUCCACGCUUAUACCAGUGUUCCUCGAUAUCUUGCAGAAUGGGUCACCUGUUUUUGUAAGCAAUUCGCAUGAGCAGAAACUACGCAACAUCAUUCUCGAGAUCAUAUAUCGAUUACCGCAAACCGAGCCUCUCAAGGAAUAUGCUCCAGACCUGUGCAAGACAUUGAUGAACCUAUUGAGAGUGGAGAAUGAAGAGAACGCCGUUGUAUGUGUCAAGAUCAUCAUUGACCUCCAUCGAUCAUUUCGCCACAUCCUCGAGGAUCAAGUUCAACCCUUCCUUGACAUUGUACAAGAAAUCUAUCAAAACAUGGAGCAAACUGUAAAGGAUGCCUUUGAUGCACCAAGUACACCUGCUGGUGCUGUCACACCUGGCACAACCAAUCCUUUACUUGCAGCAUCGCCUCGUCCAAUGUCCCCAGCAGCUGAUACACCAGAAGCACCUUCCAAAGUCCUUCCAAAAGGCAUGUUCAGCUUCAAGGUGUUGACUGAAUGUCCAAUCAUUGUCGUCCUGCUCUUUCAAUCACAUCGACGCUAUGCUGGUGAAAACAUCAUGCGAUUUGUACCCCUCAUCUUUCAGACUCUGAAACUUGAAGCAAAACCACAACAAGAAGCAUCCGCUGCUGCUCAAGCCCGUGGAGAUGUCUUUGUGGGUGUGAGCCCCGAGAUUAAAAACCGCUCUGUAUAUAAUGAUUUUCUCGUGGCACAGGUUAAGACCAUGUCUUUCCUGGCGUACAUAUUGCGAAGCUAUACACAAUUACUACGACCCUAUCAAACCCAGAUUCCUGAUUUCGUCCUUCGAUUAUUGAGAGAAUGUCCUCCAGAAUCAUCCGCUACGAGAAAGGAAUUACUGGUCGCCACACGCCAUAUCUUGUCAACCGAUUUCAGGACAUCCUUUGUACCAAAGAUUGAUUUGCUGUUGAAUGAAAAGGUUCUCAUUGGCACUGGUGUUACAUCACAUGAUAGCCUAAGGCCUCUUGCAUACAGCAUGCUUGCAGAUCUUGUCCACCAUAUCCGCUCUGAACUUUCCCCAUCACAACUGCUAAAGACUGUAUACAUUUAUUCACGCAACCUCCAUGACGCCACCCUUGCACCCAGUAUCCAAACGAUGUGUGGCAAGCUUUUACUCAACCUGAUUGAUUGUAUCAUCAAAAUUCCCAACAAAGAAGAAGGACGAAGGUUGUUGAUGCGGAUUUUGGAUGCAUUUGCCAGCAAAUUUGCAGCACUCAAUAUUCAGUUCCCAACGUAUCUUCGACAAUAUAAGCGCAAAAAGCUGAGCGAGGAGGGAGAAGAAUCUACUGAGAGCAAGGAAUCUGGGGAUUUUGAUUUUGACAAGGCACGGUCGAUCCACACAGCCACCUUCAUUCCUGACUCAGUCCAUGAUGGCAUUAAAGAUGGUCGAUUCUUGUUCCGAAAUCUUGCUAUUGGCUUGAAGCCAUUGUUCAUUGGACUUCGACAUUGCAAUCCUCAACCGCCGGCCGGCUUUGAGUCCAAUCCACAAGCAUAUGCACAAUUUGCACGACAAUUUACACAAGAUGAUGUUGAGAUCUUUUUACGACUUUUCAGAGAAGGAUUGAUUUGCUUCGAAUACUACAACGUGGACAAUUAUGGAUCCGAUUGUUCACCACCCAACUAUACACAAGACGACGCUGAAAAGAGUGAAUCAAGUUUGGGCGCCAAUGAGCUAUCAACAAAGUUGGGGUCGCAAGCAUCGGGAGAGAAAGAGAUCCUCGACAUGUUUUCCAUUGUGUUUACGUUGAUCGAUCCAGCCGUGUUUCAAGAGAUCUUUGCAUCACAAGUCGACUUUUUCUUUGAAAGAAUGCUCAUCAAUCCAAUGUUGAUUCAAAUUGCACAAUACUUUUUGGUGACGGAGGUUUCUUCACAAGGAUUUGCUGGCAUCUUGUUCCGUUUCCUCAUUGAUCGUAUCGAGCGUUUGGGUGAUGACGAUAUGCAUUACUCGGCGGUGAUGCUGCAUUUAUUCAAACUCGCAUUCAUGGCUGUCAACUUGUUCCCUGAUGCCAACGAAUCCAUCCUGCAGCCCUACCUUGCCAACCUUGUCAUGUCAUGCUUCAAGUUAUCAGCCAAGGCAAAGGAGCCAGCCAAUUAUUUCUUGCUUUUACGUGCACUGUUCAAGAGCAUCGGUGGUGGUCGAUUUGAGCUCUUGUACAAGGAAGUGUCACCCUUGUUGCAAAUCCUUUUGGAGAACCUCAACUCGCUUUUGACCUUGGCUCAUAAGCCUGAAAUGCGUAAUCUCUUUGUGGAAUUGUGCUUGGCAGUACCUGUACGUCUUAGUACCUUAUUGCCCUAUCUACCCUAUUUGAUGCGGCCUUUGGUGAUUGCAUUGCAAGCCGAUCAGGAAUUGGUAUCACAAGGUCUACGCACCAUGGAAUUGUGUAACGACAAUCUGAAUCCCGAGUUCUUGGAUCACAUUAUGGCACCUGUCAUGAAGGAGCUUAUGGAUGCUUUGUGGAGCCAUCUCAAACCACUGCCAUACAACCACCAACACAGCCAUGCUGCUAUGAGAAUCCUGGGUAAGCUUGGUGGACGUAAUCGUCGCAUGCUCAAAAGCCCACCCAAGCUUGAAUACAAUGGUCGCAUUGAGAAUGGCGUAACUGUUGAAGUGACUUUUGAUCCCAACACAACACCUUACACAUUGCCCCUGGACAAGUGCUUGGAAGUAGCCGUACGCACAUUGGAGCGACCUGACGUCAGCAUGUUUUACAAGAAAUACGCAUAUGAAUUCUUGAAAGCAAGCAUGACGGUGAUGCUGCAAUUGGAUGAAGGACCUGCCAAUUUGGCACAAUCACUCUAUCAACGUGUCAAGGAACAGCUUUUGGUGGAUGAUAGUAGCAGUAGCAGCAGCAAUUCAGGGGAGGAUACCGCCAUGGCUGAAGAGUCAACAGCUACGGAUGAAGGCAAAGGUGAUGGCAGCGACAUUGGCGAGAACAGCACUGUGGUUGGCAAUGCAUUGGAAGAGAAUGGUAUGAAGCCCAAGCGAUUAUCGGGCAAUGGAUACACCAAAUACUUGUCCAAGCGAUUGGCACAGGAAGAUGCUCUCCGUACGAUCUUUGUUUCCAUUAUGAAAGCAUCCACCAUUCCUGCCUUAGCCGAUGAGACAUGGUCCUUCUUCCAAAACGUGGUACGACACUUCAUUUUGUUGCAUAUUGGCGAGGCGAUUGAUGCACGUGAAGGUGGCAAGAAGCCAUUGUCUGAUAUGAUGGAUGAACGACUCUCAGUACAAAACCUCAACACGACUGUACUUGUGGAUGCUGUUGUGGAGGUGAUUUCAUCCGAGGAUCCCAAAUUGCGUAAACGUGCCGAAGGAGUACUUCAAUUAUGCUUUGAUACGGCUGUGACAGUCUUGGGUGGCAAGGAAAAUGUAUCACGUCUUCCAAUCUUCCGUGUAUUUGCAUCUCAAUUCUGCUCCUGUUGCUACAAGCAAGAAUGGUACAAGAAGCGUGGUGGUUGUCUUGGUAUUUCCAUCAUGAGCGCACAAUUGGAUAUGGGCACCAAGUGGAUGCGUGAACAUGAGCUCGACUUUAUUCGGUCCUUGUUGUUUGUCUUGAAAGAUGCAUCACCUGAAAUGGCCAAUGUCAACACAGCUGAAGCAACACAAACGUUAUCCCAUGUUCUCAAGGUCUGCAAUCGCCCUGAAGAUGAUGAGUCACAAGAAGCUCAGCAAAAGUUCCACAACUUGAUCUCGUUACUAUUGAGUGAAUUAUCCAAUUCCAACAGCGCUGUGCGUGAAACGAUCCAAUCAUCAUUCCAACUCUUGGCCGAUUUGACUGGCAACGAGGUUACUGAAUUGUUGGCACCUGUCAAGGAGCGUUUGGUCGCACCCAUUUUUGCCAAACCUUUGCGUGCUUUACCAUUCGCCAUGCAAAUUGGUCACAUUGAUGCUAUCACCUACUGCUUGACACUGCGCCCACCCUUUUUGGAUUUCAAUGAUGAAUUGAUUCGCUUGCUCCAUGAAGCGCUUGCUCUUGCUGAUGCGGAAGACCAGGCCCUUGUGAGCCGUAGCUCUCAAUACAAGAAUGCCACAUCAUUGAUGAAUUUGCGAAUUGUGUGUAUCAAAUUGUUGUCAGCUGCCAUGGCAUGUUCCGAUUUCUCCAAUCAGCGACAAACACACACACGUGCACGUAUCAUUCAAGUGUUCUUCAAAUCCUUGUAUAGCAAGUCACCUGAAGUCGUUGAAGCUGCUCAUCGUGGUCUCAAGCAAGUGUUGGCACAGCAACACAAGCUACCAAAGGAAUUGCUUCAGCAAGGUUUACGACCCAUUCUUACGACAUUAUCCAAUCACAAAACACUCAGCGUGGCAGGUCUCGAGGGAUUGGCUCGUCUUUUGGAGCUGUUGACCAAUUAUUUCAAGGUGGAAAUUGGCAAAAAGUUGUUGGAUCAUUUGAAGCAAUGGGCUGAACCCAAGGUGUUGCAAGAAGCAGCUGGAAAAUCUCUCAACGAGAACCACGAAGUCAAGAUUAUUGUCGCCAUUCUCAACAUUUUCCAUUUGUUACCAGCAGCAGCACACAUUUUCUUGAAUGAUUUGGUGACGGUCGUGCUCGAAAUGGAAAAGGAUCUUCGUCGUACCAUCUCUAGUCCCUUCAGGCCCAACUUGAUCAAAUACUUGAACCGUUAUCCAACCGAAGCCAUCGCCUAUUUUUACGAGCGACUCGAUUCACCUCAGCAUAGUCGUUUGUUUGUGGAUAUCUUGGGAACUGAGAAUGCUUCACCAUUGCGAGAUGAAGUUGCAAAGUCACCUACCGAGCUUAUCAAUCGCACUUUUGGUGUCCAAGACAAAGAGGAUAAUGCAACCAUGCAUUAUCAAGGUGUGCUUAUUGUUCGCCAAAUGAUCACGUUUGAACCUGAAUGGCUGGCCAAUCAAAAGGAGGUCCUUGAUUGCUUGUUGACAUUGUGGCGAUCACCUACUCGAUUUGAGAGGAUGAAACCAGAGCAGCAGGAGAAAUUGAAACAAGAUCAAGAAGAGAGGCUCAAACAAGAUAAGCGAGAAGUGCAGACGACAAGGGAAUCCUUGUACUUGGCACAAAUCUUUAUUGCCUAUUUGCGUUCCAAUCCAGAUGAUAUCGAUGUUAUCUUUGAUUUGGUGGCAUUGUUUGGUCAAGAAACGGUGAUGGAUCUCUCAUUCUUGCGCGCCUUCUUUUUGGAAGAUGUGGCCAUCAAAUACACACCCGAACGCAAGCGCAAGAUUUUGGACAAGUUUUUGCAAUUAUUCUCUGAUGCUGGAUUCUCGACCUAUCUCAAGAUGAUGGCUUUACGUCACGUGGUCAAUCCUUCCUUGUUGGUAUCCUUUGUCAACAAUGCAUACGAAGAGAUCCUUGAUUCAAAGAUGAUGGAGCAACUUGAUUAUAAGCUGUGGGGUCAACUCAUGUCGGAGGCCCUUGAUGACAACCAAUACGCCAAGGAUUCUUUGCGCAUUGAGCUUUUGCAGUUGACAGCCAUGAUUGUGCAGUAUGCUCCUUCUCUCUUGGCAGACUUACGCAAGGAGGUGAUCAAGUUUGGAUGGAAUUACAUUCGACUCGAGGAUGCCACCAGCAAACAAUCCGCCUAUGUUCUCAUUGCCCGAUUCAUUGCUGCGUAUGAGACACCAAGCAAGAUUGCCAUCCAAAUCUAUCAAGCAUUACUUCGAGCUCACUUAUCGGAAGCACGUGCUCUUGUCAAACAAGGCUUGGAUAUCCUUGCGCCAAUGUUACCCAAUCGUGUACCUUUGCAGCAGAGUGAACGUGUACCAACAUGGGUGCGACUUACACGCAAAGUGGUGGUUGAAGAUACUCACAGCAUUUCACAAAUGGUCAAUGUGUAUCAGCUUCUUGUGCGCCAUCCUGAUCUCUUUUACGAUUAUCGUGAACACUUUUUGCCACAAAUUGUCAACACGCUACCCAAAUUGGGAUUGUUCCAGAAUGCCACACCAGAGCACAAGCUGUUGACAGUUGAAUUAUCUGAGCUGAUUCUCAAGUGGGAGCGUAUUCGCAUUGAACGAUCCAAGAAGGAUGAGGAUAAGAUGGAAGAGGAUGAAGAGCAAUCUGGAUCUCCAAAGAGGAAGGCUGAUGAAUCGGAUGAUCCUACUCGCAAGAAAUUGCGUUCUGAAAGUGGUGCAGCUGUAUCCACUCCACCCGAUGGCAACAGCAAAAAGGGUGCAGCAACAGCCAAUGACAGUGGUAGCAAGGAGUAUGUGCCUAGUUUGACAUUACGAGAGAACCUUAUUGGAUACUUGGUACGAUUGGCAUGCACCAUCUACAAUCCAUCCGAUAUGAUCCAACGUCGCUUGGUGCAGCGUGUGCUUGAAUUGAUGAAGGAAUUCUUGAACGAGAACAUGUGGUCGGAUGUUCAUGUCAAGUUUUCACAUCUCGAGCGGACUUUGACGGUCAAAGAAAUGAGCGAGAUUUUGAUCCCAAGCGUAUGCAGUGCAUUGGAGGUGCUCAACAUUGAUAUCGCCCAUAAGCCUGUCGAGUGGUUUAUUGUCAACAUGAAUCAGCUCUAUCGCCUACUCGAGAUGAGCAUCAAAUCGGAUCAUGUACGCAUUCAAAAUGCCCUUCAUCCAGUACUUGUGCGUAUUUUCCAAGCUAUUCAUGGCACCACAUCCUCUGAAAAUGCCGAGCAAGAACAACAGAAUCCUGAUGUCGCAUCCUUUGUCUCGCUUGUCAACUCCACCAUCACCGACGGCAUGGCGAGUGUGAGCAACAAUGGCAUGUAUGCGGUCCUCAAGUUAUUACAGGCUGCCAGCAGUAGCCGUGCCGAGCAUUUGGAUCAAUUUAUUCCGGGAAUCAUCAAGAUGUUGCAAAAGUUGACAAAGGAGCACAUGAUGCCACCACAACAUGGUGCAGCAGGCGUCAGCCAAGAUUCAUCUGGCAACUUGUUGGUGCUUGUUCUUAUGUUGCUCAAAAAGAGAAUCUCACAUCUUGGUGAUCAGCGUCGUUGGUUCUUGACAUACUCGAUUCAGCUCAUUGAAAAGUCGCCCGAUAUCAAUCUUUUACGCAACAUGCUUGAAAUGUUGAGCGAAUGGACAUUGGAUAAGACCGAGACCUUCCCUACGAUCAAGGAAAAGGCUGGCAUGUUGGUCAAGAUGAUGAGUGUGGAACAUCGCAACGAUACUCGGUUGACCGAAGAGUACCUUGAUUUGGUGCUUAAGAUUUACAGCACACCAUCCUUUGCACGAUCCGAAUUGACCGUACGCUUGGAGAAUGCAUUCUUGCUUGGUACACGCAGCGACAAUCCACAAAUCCGCACCCAAUUCAUGCGUGUAUUCGAUCGCAGCAUUAGCAAGACAUUGUAUGCCCGAUUGAAUUACGUGUUGGGUAUUCAGAAUUGGGAGUUCCUUGCACAAUCGUUUUGGUUACAUCAGGCAUUGGAUCUUUUGCUCGGCGUUGUCAAAGCAAGUUCAAAGGUGUCAUUGUUGCAUACGCUCAAGAUCAAGCCUAUCAAGAUCAUUGGCAAUCAAGGUGCUGGUGGUGGUGAAGAUGAAAAGAUGCAAAUGGAUGUGCCUGAUGAAUUGAAUGACCUGGUGACGAAGCAUCAAGAAUUCUUGAAGGAAAUGCAAGGAUACGACGUCAACAAUGCCAUCUCUGCUUUGCGACAAUUACAAUACCUUGAUGAUGAUUUGACAUUCAACGUGUGGGCGGACUUGUUCCCAUUGUGUUGGACCAAUUUGAGUGGUACUGAACGACAUGAUUUGACCAAGGUGUUGAUCACUCUGCUGGCCAAGGAUUAUCAUGGAAAGCAAGCUGAGAGACGACCCAAUGUGAUUCAAGCCUUGCUUGCUGGUAUUGCAAAGACACAAUCAUCCAUGAAAUUCCCACCCCAUCUCAUCAAGUUCCUUGGCAAGACACACAAUGCAUGGCACACAUCGAUGGAGAUUUUGCAGCAAUCAAGCCAAUUUGGUCGUAUCAGUGAUGCAUCCAAGGACGAUCAAAACAAUCGUGAACGUACACUUGACGCAUUGGGUGAUUUGUAUUCGGAUUUGCAUGAAGAGGAUAUGUUUGAUGGUUUAUGGCGACGACGCAGCACCUAUGUGGAGACGAAUGUUGCUGUAUCAUGUGAACAAAGCGGCAUGUGGAUGCAAGCACAAAACAUGUACGAGAACGCACAGAUCAAGGCUCGCAGCGGUGUAUUGCCUUUUACGGAAUCCGAGUACAUGCUAUGGGAAGAUCAUUGGAUUUUAUGUACACAAAAGCUGCAACAAUGGGACAUUUUGACGGAUCUUGCGAAGCAUGAUGGCAACAUGAAUCUUUUGCUUGAAUGCUCAUGGCGCUUAUCGGAUUGGACAGCUGAACGGGAAUUACUCGAGCAAUCAUUGCAACAAGUAGCCGACAACCCAACACCUCGACACAAGGUGUUUGAAGCCUUCCUCUCGUUAAUCAAGUCGCAAACCAAUGAAGACCGUUUGACUGAAUUUACUCGCAUUUGUGAAGAAGGUGUUCAACUCUCAUUACGCAAGUGGCAUGCACUUCCACCCAUCGUUGCCCAAAGCCAUAUUCCUCUAUUGCAAAGCUUCCAACAAUUCCUCGAAUUACAAGAAGCUAGCCAGAUUUUCAGCAGCCUUUCAACAACGAAUGCUCAAAAUCUCGAUCAUAAAUCGGGUGACUUGCGUACGAUCCUCAGCACAUGGCGUGAACGACUUCCGAAUAUGUGGGAUGAUAUCAAUGUGUGGAGCGAUCUGGUUGCAUGGAGACAACACAUUUUCAGUGCCAUCAAUCGGACUUAUUUGCCUUUGAUCCCCUUAUUGCAACCACAAGGUGGACCUGGUGCAGCAGCCAAUGCAAGUACUGGCAAUUCUUUCGCAUAUCGUGGUUAUCAUGAGACGGCAUGGAUCAUCAAUCGCUUUGCACAUGUGGCGCGCAAGCAUCAAUUGUAUGACGUGUGUAUCAAUUAUCUCACCAAGAUCUAUACGUUGCCCAACAUUGAGAUUCAAGAAGCCUUUUUAAAGUUGCGUGAACAAGCAAAGUGCUACUAUCAGAAUCCAUCGGAAUUGACGGCAGGCUUGGAUGUGAUCAACAAUACCAACUUGAUGUAUUUCACCCACCAGCAAAAGGCCGAGUUUUUCACACUCAAGGGCAUGUUUUUGGCACGCUUGAAUCAUUUCAAUGAGGCCAAUGAGGCAUUCGUGAAUGCUGUGCAAAUUGAUUUAUCAUUGCCACGUGCAUGGGCUGAAUGGGGCCGAUACAAUGAUCGACGUUUCAAGGAGAAUCCCAAGGACUUGAGUUGGGCCAACAAUGCUGUCAGCUGUUAUCUUCAAGCGGCUGGUAUUUACAAGAAUGCCAAGGCACGCAAAUACUUGCUUCGAGUACUAUGGCUGCUUAGCUUGGAUGAUCAAACAGGCAACAUUUCUUUGGCAUUUGACAGCUACAAGGGUGAAUGGCCUGUGUGGUAUUGGAUCACCUUUAUUCCUCAGCUGCUUACAGCUUUACAACAUCGUGAAGCCAAACAUGCUCGUGCCAUCUUGAUCCGUAUCGCAAAACAAUAUCCACAGGCAUUGCAUUUCCAACUUCGUACUGCCAAGGAAGAAUUAGCCAAGCGUGGUACACCAGCAGCGGCAGCGGCAGCGGCAGCAGUUGCAGCUCAAGCUCAAGCACAAGCACAAGCAACACCAAAUGCUGGUAAUGCAUCAGCACCUUCAGCAAGUAAUGGAGGUUCUCAACAAGCAGCAGCUGAUACCACAACGGAUGGCACUCAAGUGAAGGAAGAGCCUAAAACAGCAUCUGACAAUGCAGCUGAUGGAGGUGACAAAGCAAGUUCGCAAGAGCCUGAAACAAGCGAAGGCAACGUUGAAAAGAUGGAUACGGAUGGAAAGGAAGUGACCGAAGGAGAUGAAUCGACAACGACCGAGAACAAGGCUGAAGAUGAGAAGGAGAUCAAGACCGAACCAACGACUGAGAAUGACAAUGCGGCUGAUGUUGUGCCCACCGCUGACAACAAUGCCAACAACAACAAUGAACAAAAUGAUAGCUCGGCUGAUCAAUCAGUGCCACAACAACAACAAGCUACACCAACAGUUCAAGUUAACAAUGGCACACCCACUCAAGCAGCUGCCACAGCACAAACACCUUCAUCUACUACACCUGCUACAGCAUCAUCAGCAACACCAGCAACACCAGCAACUGCUGCAGCUGCAGGUGCCAACAAUACUCCUGGUGCUGGUGCUGGUGCUGGUGUGAAUGCUCCUGCUGCCGGUGGUCACCCAUUGGAUGAAAUCAUGGCUAUGCUCAAGACCGGUUAUCCCUUGCUUGCCCUCUCCAUGGAAACCAUGGUCGAUCAAAUUCAGCUAAAGUUCAAACCCAUGGCUGAUGAAGAUAUGUAUCGUUUAGUGGUGGCAUUGUACAAUGAAGGAGCACAGCAAUUAUUGCAACGAUUGACGAAUCCUGGUGACACGCUCCAAUUGACACAGUCAACGCGUACCAACAUUAUACGAUUUGCCGACAGCUUAUAUCCUGGCCAUAUGAAGACGGCAUUCCACAAUGAUUUCGCCAAGCCCACUCUCAAUCUAGAAGAAUACGUUGCAAAGUUGCGAUUAUGGCGUGACAAGUUUGAAGCCAUGUUGGAUGCUCGUCCUCGUAAACAAAAGUUGGAAGCCCUAUCAUUCUAUCUUGCCGAAUUCCAUCAUGCUCGCUUUGAUGAUGUCGAGAUUCCUGGUCAAUACCUUUUGCUCAAGGACAAUGCCAAUGACUUUUUGCGUAUCGAUCGAUUCAUGCCUGAAGUUGAAUUUAUUCGCAACGUGGGCAAUUGCUGUCGACGAUUGACUAUCCGUGGCCAUGAUGGUACAUUGCAUCCUUUCUUGAUUCAAAAUCCAGCACCUCGUCAAUUCCGCCGGGAAGAGCGUUUGAUGCAACUUUUCCGCUUAUUGAAUGGUGUCCUCGAACGUCGUAAAGAAAGCCGUAUGCGUAACUUGUCAUUCCAUCUUCCCGUCAUUGUACCUUUGGCACCCAACGUCCGCUUUGUUCAAGAUGAUCCAUCCUAUGCAACCUUGCAUGAUAUCUACGAGGAUUAUUGCGAUGAGAUGAACAUACACAAGGAUGACCCCAUUGCAUACUAUGCCGACAAGCUUAAGAAGAAUGUGGGAAGUAUUGAAGGCAAGGAUGUGGUGCAACAAAAGACCGAGCUCUUGAACUUGCGUAUGGAAAUCAAUCAAGAAAUCAGCACCAACAUGGUCCCCUCCAACAUUUUGAGCAAAUUCAUGCUACGCACCAUGGGCUCGUACACGGAUUAUUACAUGUUACGCAAGCAGUUCAUUGCACAAUACGCCACUGCCACCUUUAUGACAUACAUUUUCAGCGUGGGACAAAGGAUGCCAUAUCGUAUUGCCAUUUCACGAAGCACGGGUGAUGUGUGGAUGGUGGAAUUUGUACCCAGCUUCAAUGCGAAUAAUGGUACCUUUGGUAAUGGUGAAACAGUGCCAUUCCGAUUCACUCCCAAUUUGCAAGAAUUCAUGACGCCUGUGGGUAUCGAAGGACCCUUUACAAGUUGUCUGGUAGCAGCCGCUCGUUCAUUGACGGAACCCGAGUUGGAGUUGGAUCAAUAUCUUGGACCUUUUGUACGUGACGAAUUGGUUGCAUGGCAUACAAGCAACAAUCGACCCAUCGGUGACACACAACAAUUGCGUGACCGCAUCAAUACCAACGUCAUGCAAAUCGUAUCCAAAGCAACCUUCUUAUCAUGCAAGGCGGAUCGUGAAAAGACCAUCAACGCCAACAAACCCACCAACCAAAAUGUCAUUGAUCUCAUCUCACAAGCAACAAACCCCCAAAAGAUGGCUCAGAUUGAUUGCACAUGGAUGCCUUGGUUGUAG